CGGGUUCACAGGUGGCCGGGCGGCCUGCGGCGGAUGUCUGGUCCCUGCGCGAUAAGCUCUCGGCUCGGAGCGGGACUUCUUGCGUUACAUCUAUCAUGCUUUGACAUUCAUCACACUAGACAGAGCGUGAACCUUUCACGGGUCUGUUGGCCUACUUGCCUUGGUUGAGUUGUUGCCAGACUGGAUUGUCGUGUUUUAUUUGUGGUUGCCAAGAUGCAGUACUACGCGUGUCCGCGAGGAGCGCUUCUGCUGGUGUGUGCCGUGCUGUUGAGCGGAAGCCGGGGGGUGUCAGCAGGUGGCUGUAACCUGAACCCCUGCCGCCAUGGUGGCACCUGCGUCAGCCUGGAGGGUGCGCAUGCGUACCGGUGUGAAUGUACAGCAGAGUAUGUGGGACAACACUGUGACUUUCUCAUGGAAGAUUGUGGGCAUCAGGUCGGCCUGGCGGAUGGAUCUGUCACAAACAGUCAGUUGUCCGUCUCCUCGGCGCUAGACAAGAACGACCCGCAAGAUGGCGCUGGGAGACUGCAUGGAGUUGUACCAUGGAGACCAGAAGCAGACGACAGCAACCCCUGGAUACAGGUGGACCUUAACGUAACCUCUACAAUAGUGGGGGUCAUCACGGAAGGCAUCAGGCAACAAGGAUCGCCGUAUUACGUCACAAGUUUCACCGUCAGUACGAGUCUGGACGGAGUCAAAUGGUCACCACACACAGACCCGUCUUCAUACAGGGAUAUUCAAUGCACUGUGACCAGAGUCAAGCCAACCACCACACGUUUUCAAUCUGCGCUAACUGCGCGGUACUUCCGACUGUACCCGACCAACUCCACCGUCCCGGGUGACAUACGGCUCAAGCUGGACCUCCUCACGUGUAAAGACGACUGUUCGCACCUGCGGGCGCCAUGUCUGUACAACAGCACCUGUACCAACGAUCAAGGUGUGCACGACUUCACCUGCACCUGUCAGGACGGUUUCCAUGGAGACAGGUGUGGACAGCUGGACAAAUACCGCACCUGUGCAGUACCACUCGGUCUGGGGACGUUGGCGAUCUCAGACUCCCAGAUCUCCGCCUCCAGCCAGAAGAACGGCGGUGUGGGUCCGGAGAUGGCCCGCCUCAACCUCCGCAAGGGAGGCUGGCGCCCCGACCUGGCAGACUCCCAACCCUGGCUACAGGUGGACCUGCUCCGCCCAACAUUGGUGACUGGAGUGGUGACGCAAGGCCGCACGGGAACAUGGGUAGAGACGUACAAGAUAGGCUAUAGUGACGUCAAGGAUGACGGGUCUUUCGUCAUGUACAAGAACCCGGAUGGAAGUGACAAGGUAUUUGAAGCUAAUCUGAAUGACGGCGACUCGAUGCGGAAUGACGUCAGCCCGCCCAUCCUCGCACGGUACAUCCGGGUCCUCCCGCACACCUGGAGCCCGCUUGGGAUCAAGCUGCGCCUGGAGCUGCUCACCUGCGACUACAGUUACUGCAGUACUGCCAUGGGUGUACAGAGCGGCGCUGUUACAGACGACCAGAUGACAGCCUCUAGUUUUAAGGGCGGCUACCAGCCCUGGAAAGCGAGGCUAAACGGCACCAGGGCCUGGCAGAUGGACACAGAAGACACGACCCAGUGGCUGCAGGUAGACCUGCGCCGAGCCGUGAUGGUGACCGGGGUGCAGACCCAGGGGCUGGCGGGCGGCAGGGUGGAGUCAUACCGCCUGAUGUAUUCAGUCGACGGCACGACGUUUGUGACGUAUCAGAACAGCACUGGGCAGGACAAGAUCUUUAACGGGCACACUGACGGGGACGCUGUGGUGACUCACGACCUGAGCCGUCCUGUUGUGGCUCGGUACCUGCGGUUUAACCCACAGACAUGGCUGUCCCGGUACCCCCGUCUCCGCGUGGAGGUGCUGGGCUGUAGCGAAAUUCCAGUGACUCCUGCCAACAACGUGACUGUUACACCGCCCCUCACCACUUCAAGCGAACAGCCGAACACUGUUGCCCUGACGACACCGAGGCGGGACACAACACCGGUACCCUCCAAAGCAGUGACGCCGUCCAGAACAGAUACUGAAACGGAUGCGAUUGGAUCCAGUAUCUCCAUGACAGAAGCUGUUUCAACAACUGCAGUACCAACGCCAAGUUGGACAGUAGCCUCCACCCAAGCUGAAGCCUGUAACCAGCCACUAGGGAUGGUGAGUGGCGCUAUUGCCGACAGUCAGCUAACGGCCUCCUCUGCACAGCCUGGGUACGAGGCUUUCAAGGCGCGGAUCAAUGGUACCCGAUCUUGGCACAUGGCCCAGCUGGACACUCAACAAUGGCUACAGGUGGAUCUGGGUCAACUGAAGAUCGUGACGGGAAUCCAGACCCAGGGCAAGUGGGGAGGGCGCGUCACGUCCUACAGGCUACUGUUCCAUGGGCAGGACAUGGCGGGAAACUGGACUGCGUACACACAACUGGGAGGGGGACAGGUUCUGGAAGGCAACUCAGACGGAGAUUCUAUCGUCCAACACGACCUGCACGUUCCCAUGGUGACCAGGUACAUGCGCGUCAACCCGGUCACGUGGCCAGGUGUGCUGCCCCGCCUGCGGAUGGAGCUCCUAGGGUGUAACA